AUGGAUAAUUCCAAAUCAUUGAAUUCAGAUGGGACCCUCAAAAGGGUUCACACCGAGGUUUCGGAUUUCUCGUCAUCUGAUGAGGACUCCAAGACAUCAUCAAAUGUUAAAAAAUCAAAGGUUUCAACCAGUGGAUCUUGGCCAAGGUUCCUUGUGAUCAGUUCUACUGAUGAUGAACCUUUGCAGAAGUUGUCUCCUUUUGCCAUCCAAAAAGGGCUUGUCAGCUUAGCUGUGGACGAGUUGCUUCCAAGUUCUUUUAAUGUCAACAAAGUGUUAUCAUGGAGUGCUGAGUUUGCAUGGAGUGUGUCACAAUACGUUUCUCAAGCCCCAGGUUCUAGCAUCAUAUACGAGGUAACCGUCAACCCUGGUGGUCGGUCAAAUUCUACAUCUGGUACAUCGCUGACAGUCAACCGACUGACUGCUGGGCAGUCAUAUUCUGCUAGAAUUGUGACAAAACUUCAACAAGACGGGAAAGAGACAAGUAGUACCAGCACUGAAAUACUGCCAUUCUCGACCAUUAAGAUUGACAAUAAUAUGACUUGCAGAUCUGGAGACACGUGCUCUGACAACAUUGCCUCCUGCAGUUCUACAGACCCUAAACGAUGUCUUUGUAACCAGGGAUACUUCUGGAGUGGAAACCCGCUUGUGUGUAAACCAGACACUAGAGACAGCUCGGGUCCACCAGACUACAAGACGUCUACGAUCGCCGUGUCUGUUUUGGCGGCAAUUGUUACCAUUGUCCUUGUUAUUCUUAGUGUGAUAUUUUUCUUGUAUGUCAGACGGCAGAGAUCGAAGUCAAGAUCUGCUGAUUAUGACGGGAAAACAACGGACAACCGGCAAUCAAACCGAGGUGACGCACUGUACGAAGUCAUGGACGGACAGAUGCACACCGUACACACAACGGACGUGUCUCUAGACAGUGGUUAUGUUAAUUCACCAAGGUCACGUGAAGAGGGGGGUUAUGUUAAUUCGGGGCAAGCUGUUCAUAUGAAUGAAUAUGAAAAGCUUGAUGUAAUAUCGACCACACCGCAAACUACUUAUGAUAAGUUAACGAGUAUUUAAGUAUAUAAUACAAAUUGUGAUAGUAAAUAUACCUUGCUGGUAGCU